ACUUAGGACGAUAGAGAAACAUUAUUUACAUGGAGCGUAUACAGUGUGGCAGUGAAAUAAUGUGUGCACUGUGCAGUAAAUGCACGCAAUUACCGUUUACCUUAUUGAGUGCCGAAUGUGCUGAUGUGAAUGUGAAGUCUCCUCCCUACGGUGCUGAAUCUGCAGCAGACCACAUGAUGAUGAUGUUACUACGAGCUGCUGCCGCCAGAAGUUGUAUGGGCAGCAGCAGGUGCUAAGUACCAGUGCGAGGUUCGCUGCCGAAUCAUAUACAUUCCUGAAAUAAGUGUCAAUCCAGCAGAACAUUAAAUUAUUCCCAGUUGCAGCAUCUUCAAUAAGACAAGCUGAUGAACCGAAGGUAAAUAAAUCAUCGACUAUCACAGGCUACACAUGAAAUCAUCAGAUGAUGAAAGUUCCAUAUACUCUACUUCAGCAUGCGAAGAACAGAAAACCGUACAAUAUUCCUAUUGUACUGUCAAUGGUCAUUCUAUUAUACCUGCAAGCAGGGUUCAAUAGAACUGAUUAUGGAGGAAAAGGCAGAUGAUUUACCACUGAUGUCCAACACCAGUCACAUUCUUGUGAAGCAUUAUGCACUGGACCUUGAUGUAAGUUUUGACAGUCAGACUAUAACAGGCAGCAUUGUUUUAUUCCUUCAACCCAACCAUUUAGAAGAAACGGCUACUGGAAAGGCCUGCCCUCCACAGCCUGGUGGAACCUGUGAAGAUCGAAGACAUGAAACUUAUGUGUCAAAUUUAAGCAUAUGCUCCUCACAGAAUAAGAUUAAAGACUACACUUUGUUUGCUGUAGGUGAAAGAGAUGGUUCCGAUAAGUGUGAUCACCAUGGCAACAGUAAACAGACUUCUGGGAUUACUAGUUCAGAGAACUGCUGUGACAGAGAGAAUCAUGGGAGUGAGGAUUUUGCUCUAGUCUUGGACUGCUGUGAUUUAUCUGUGUUAAAGGUCGAAGAGGUGGAUGUCACUGCUGUGCCAGGUGCUGAAAAAUGCAUGAGUUAUGUCCAGCCAAGUCAUGUAUAUGAGCAGCAAUUAGCUCUCAGCCAUCAAAUCCCACCUGAACUAGUGUCUUUACCUACAAGCCGAUGGAAGGAGCAGCUAUCCUAUUAUAUGCGCUGUAGCCAGGCACCGGGAUGUGGAGAGCUCAGUUUUUUUACUGACACAUGGAGCUUAAAGAUCAGCAAAUCGGGAGUAAAAGUUCCAGCUGCCUUCCCUUCAGCAGUAAGGAUACGGUAUAAAACAACAGCAAAUGGGAGGUCAGUGAAGUGGGCUAAAGACCAAAGUGGAAGGCCUUGUGUUUAUACCUUUGGGUCUCCAAUUAACAACAGGGCCCUUUUUCCAUGUCAAGAGCCACCAGUAGCAAUGUCGACGUGGCAUGCAAGUGUCCGGGUUGCAAAGAACUUCAUUGUAUUAAUGAGUGGUGAAAAUGUUACUGCUCCAAAUCAUUGUGGUCAAGGGCUGUACAGCUGGUUCUACUAUGUAACAAUGCCUAUGCCAGCCUCUACGUUUACCAUUGCCAUUGGAAGCUGGACAGAAGUUAAGGACGAUUCCUGUACCUCUGUGGAAAAACAGCAUUUAUCUAAUCUGAUGCCAUUAGGCUCAGAUGACAAAAGAUUCUCAGGACAGGCUUGCACACAUUUGGAGUACCCAUGUCGUUACAGCAAUCCUGAGGCCCACGUGCAGACUUGUAUACCUCACCGUGUGUUUGCUCCAGAUGUACUUCUAAACAAGUGUAAAGAGUCACUUUCUCCCCUGCUUCCUCAGUGCCUUGAGGCUGCUUAUUCUGUGCUGGGCACUCACCCAUUCUCAAGGCUAGAUAUACUCAUAGUUCCAUCUGACUUCUCAAGUCUAGGAAUGGCAAGCCCACACAUUAUCUAUCUGUCUCAGAGUGUACUGUCUGGAAGAAAUGAACUCUGUGUUACACGUGUUUGCCAUGAAAUUGCACAUGCUUGGUUUGGGUUGGCCAUCGGUGCACGUGAUUGGACAGAAGAAUGGAUAAGUGAAGGAUUCGCUACACAUCUAGAAGAUGUAUUCUUAGCAAAGGUUCAGAAGCUGUCGCAAGACGAGGCCAGAGAACAGCAAGAUUUCAAAGCAUUUCUUCGAUGGCAUCGUCUUAGUGAUGAACUCAGGAAUUCUCAGGAAGAUCUGCAGAUACUUAGGCCUCAGGGAGACAGCACUGGAGAAGUGAGUGACUCUGGAGCUUCCAUUGUUCGACAUGGCCUGAAUGCAGACAAAACUUUUAUGCAGGUGCAUUAUUUAAAGGGAUAUUUUCUCCUACGAUUUCUUGCCAACACCAUCGGUCAUGAUUCUUACUUUUCAUUUCUGAGAACAUUUGUUAAUAGAUUUCAUGGACAACUUAUACUCUCUCAGGAUUUUCUGCAUAUGUUGCUGGAAAAUGUUGCUGAACAAGAUAUACGUGGUCUAUCUGUUGAAGUCAUCUAUAAAGUCUGGCUUGACACUCCUGGGAUGCCAAAGCCCUUGCUGGAGGAGAGCCAGACUUGGGAAGGAAAUCAACUAACUCAGCAAGUCAAAGAAGAGGUUUUAAAGUGGACUCAAUUUAACCAGAGGAGUAGGAGAUCCACCAGGCGAAAAAGACAACGCAGUGAAGAGUUUGAUGAAAAGCUUGUUCCAGAUCAGCUGGUUUUACUUUUGGAUUUGUUGUUGGAGGAAAAUACAUUAUGUGCUAAGACCCUGCGAUGCCUAAAGAAGACCUACAGCUUGCAGGAGCAUGAUGCAGAGGUUCGACAUAGAUGGUGUGAGCUGGUUAUAAAGCAUAAGUAUACAGCAGCAUACAAGGAUGUGGAAACCUUCCUACUGCAGGACCAGGCCAUGGGUGUGUAUCUCUAUGGAGAAUUAAUGGUGAAUGAAGAUGCCAGACAGCAAGAACUUGCACACAAAUGCUUUGCUGCUGUCAGAGAUCAAAUGGAUGUAUCCUGUGUAAAAGUGGUGGGAGAAAUGUUGUUUUAAUGGAUUGACUUCCAUAGAACAAUGCCGUGACUGAAACGGCCAAGCUCUCAGUGUGGUCAUGUUGAUGCAAGUUAAACUGGAUAGGAUUAAGUACUGAACUAUGGUGGAUUACUCGUUCUAGAACAAGGCCAUAUUUGGAGCCUGGCCUCCAGCACAUUACCUCAGUGCUAGACCAGAAGCACAUGUUGUGUGGCAUGUUUCAAAGUGUAAGUGGAAUGAAAAUAGUGGUAAUCCUAGUCUCAGACUGUCUGUAAUGUCUCAUGUAGUAUUUUUAUAUUUCUAUGCAGUAGAUAUAAAUAAAAUACAUUUUUACUGUCUUUUAUAA